AUGAUGUUCGUUUGUUAUUUAUUGUUCAUUGGUUUAUACGUGCAGGUGCUCGGACAUCCGGCAGAGAUUAAUGAAAUUGAAGAAGAAGUUGAGUUCGAUGUGGAUGCAUUUCCAAACAGAGUAGUACGCAAUAGAACCCAGGAAGAAAUAGACAAAGAAAUCCGAAAAGACUAUUGGAUAAAUCAUGCCACGAUGACUAUACAGGAAAAGUUGUCCAGAAAACUCAAUCGAAAUACCGCCAAAAAUGUUAUUCUCUUCCUCGGAGAUGGUAUGUCCAUUCCAACUGUUGCUGCCACUAGGGUGUAUAUCGGAGGAGAAGAAAAAGAGUUGACAUUCGAAAAGUUUCCAUUCACAGGACUAUCUAAGACCUACUGCGUGGACCACCAAACAGCCGAUUCGGCCUGCUCGGCCACGGCCUACCUCGGCGGAGUCAAAGCCAACUUGGGCACCAUAGGAGUAUCGGCUGCGGUGUCGAAAAAAAACUGCACGGCCAUGAACGAUCCGGAGAAUCACGUGGAUUCGAUAGCUAGGCUGUUCCAGUUGAAGGGAAAGAGGUCGGGACUUGUCACCAACACGAAAGUGACGCAUGCGUCUCCGGCAGGAGUGUACGCGCACACAGCAUACAGAAACUGGGAGAGCGACACCAGCGUCCUCAAAUCCGGCCUGGACCCGACCACCUGUCAGGAUAUCGCCCGCCAGCUCAUCUUCGGCGACACAGGCAAAAACCUGCAAGUCAUCCUGGGCGGCGGGCGCAAAAAAUUCCUGCCCAAGGAGGAGGUAGACGAGGAGGGGAAACGGGGUGAGCGAUCCGACGGCGCCAACUUGAUCGAGGAGUGGAAAAAGCAGAAAGAGAGGGCAGGAGUGCGGUUCGAGUACGUAUGGAAUCGGGAGCAGUUGCUGCAUGUGCAGAAUGACACUGAGUAUCUGCUUGGUUUGUUCUCGUCCAGCCACAUGGACUACAACCUUGAACGCGACCGGGACUCGGAUCCGUCUCUAGCCGAGAUGACGGAAGCGGCCAUCAGAGUCCUAUCUGGGGGCGACGAGGGCUUCUUUCUGUUCGUGGAAGGAGGUAGGAUCGACACCGCUCACCACGACACCUUCGCGCAGAAGGCUCUGGACGAGACGGCGGAGUUCUCGAAGGCCGUCCAGAUGGCGCUGGAAAUGACGGAUGAAGAGGAUACCUUGAUUGUCGUCACUUCCGAUCAUGCGCACACGAUGAGCUAUGCGGGGUACGCUGGCAGAGGCAGCGACAUCUUCGGGUAUGCUGGAGAAGCAAGCGACAGGAAUUUGUACACCAUCUUGAACUACGCCAAUGGACCAGGUUACAGACCUUUGAUGGAGACGGGGCAAAGAUCGGUGCCUACAGCAGACGAAAUGAAUCAAGUCGGAUUCAAAUGGCCGUCCACAUAUCCUUUGCAAUCAGAGACCCAUGGCGCCGAUGACGUCGGGGUGUACGCACGUGGUCCCUGGUCGCAUUUGUUCACAGGCGUUAUGGAGGAGAACGUUUUGCCGCAUCUGAUGGCGUUCGCAGCAUGUGUAAGCAGAGAGCUGCCAUGUGAUAGUUCCAAGAAGGAAGCUUAG